AGAGCAGGUUCGAGUAUGAGGAGUAAUUGGGAAAUGGGAAUCAAAAACUAACACUACUUGUUAUGUGAACCCAUACACUGCCAAAAUUGAUACCCAACACUUUCUAUUCAAGAUAGACCCUGAAGAGGUAGGUGUUGGUGUGAAUCGUUGUACUGUCGUCCGAUUGAGGAAAAGCCCCGAAAAUGGUGACCUACAAGCUGGUCUUCCGGCUGAAAUACAGCUUUUACUUUGGGCUUGCCGCAUGCCUACUCUUGAAGCAAUUCGGCCUGAUCGCAUGGUCUCCGUCAUCGUUGCCAGUUCUGGCGAACUUGAACUGUACUGCGUUACUGUUUUUUAGGAUGAUAAUUUUUGACUACAUGUACAUACUAGCUAUCAAUCUUUUGUGCCGUGCGUUUUGCAAAACGAAAAUCACCCACUGUCCAGGUACCGACCCGCUCUUCGUCGCCACCAGUAUAGUCAUGUACGUGGUUGCCGGUUCCGUGCUGGUUGGAGCUGCCCAGUUGGAACCCUAUGCACAGAAGAAAAUGAUGCAAUACACUGUAUUUAGUGUGUUUUUUUUUAUUGAAGUAGCUGUUCUUGCUCUCUGUGCUGCGUUUCAGAUCAUGCAUAAGCGACAUAACGAAUGCAGGCUUCAAUGCUGGUAAGCAUAAAGCAAAAUUGGCGUUGGUUAGAACAAGAUCAAAAAACUGCGAACACAAACUCUCUCAGAUGAUGACACCGGUUGCAAAGUUGGGUUUGAUGAUCGCGCAGUACAAGACAUGGAACAUUGUUAUGGUCCUCCCGCUGCUGGACCUCCUCCUGAACAACGUGAUGUGCUACACGAAACUCGGCGAACCGGUAGAACCGCUGGACUUUAAGGUUGGACCCAAGACGAAGAAGCUUUGCAGAUUGUCCUACGUUUUACUCACACUGUACACGAUCGCCGUGGUAUUCGUGAAACCGGCACGACCAGGUAUAGGUAAAUGAUGUGAUGCAAGCUGUAUGAAUGUAAACUUCGAUUUGAUUUUGAUGAGCCAUGGCGUUUAAUAUCUCUAAGUUGCCGCCUAUGUUUUCUGCAUCCGGGGGCAUUCUUGUUGAGGUGAUUUAUUGGCGGAUUCUUGCCUAAACCUAACUGUCCAGAAAUCUACGGAGCGUCCGCAACGGCCAGCUGUAUGGCGUACGCCCAAACACCACUCGUGACAGUCGUCAGCGCACUCAUCGUUGCCGCGCAGUGCGACGCCGCCACCGCCCGAAAAACGUUGCAAUACGGUAUAACAUACAAAUACUUGUUGUGAAAGUCGUGGCACAUGAUCAGUGUGUGUAUGAUUUUUGACCACGUGAGGACUCGGCAAAUCCAAAUGAUCAAGCUGCAGCAACACUACAAUGAAUUUUUCCAUCGAAUCUUUGAUCACUCCCUGCCCUCACAGUGAUGACACUUCCGCUGUUGGUUUUGUUCUACUUGUUUCCGCUCACGGUGGCCACAACGGGGAAGUCCGCCAUGAUGGGUGGGUUGGCCGACGUCUGCCUUUACUACGUCCUGAUGAUGCUGUCCAUCCUUGUUCUGUACCCCUGCCAGCUGCGCACGGCCGUGCUCCGGGGUCAGUACCUCUUUUACAGCUUCGCCGCAGUGGUGCACGCGUUCUUUCCGGCGGCCGCAACCGUGCUCUUCGGCUACUCCGCUGCUUUCCCGGCGACCGUCAACUCCUUGAUGGCGGUUUUUUAUCCUGUGCGAAAAAAGUCAAAGUAAGUAUCGCGCUCGCACUAGUCGCAACUGCAAGCAUGCAUGAAAAUAAUGAUCCCCAUGAUUCCUCAGCGAGAUCAGUGCGACAAAUGUAGUCAGCUUUCCUUCUAAUGAAAAACCAUUGGCGAUAUGAUCAGUACUUUAUUUCCAAAUGCAUACCUUCCUCUUCCUCCUCUCCCUCAUGUUCAUUGCCAGCGUGCUCAGCGAUCCGGGCUACUCUCAGUACAAGGUGAUCCAGUACUCUCUCUGCGGCGACGUUUUGCUCGUGGCUCUGUUUGCCGCGGGCCACCCGCUCGGCACGCUUUUCCCGUUCGUCGCGGGAAAGUGUGUGGUCGCCAAGGGCCUGGACGUGUACUAUGAGAGCUACAAGAACCAGUCGACCCCGAAGUUUUUCGGUCUCUUCGUCGACGUCGCCGGUAUUGCGGAAGACGACGACGAAACCUUGGCGGGCGCUGCUGCCGCCCCAGUCUCCGUUGCGACCAGCAUGAAGAUGAAGGCCGCGAGCAUGAAAAAAAUGGCCAUGAGCAUGAAGAAGAAGGCGUAAGGUGGGGGGAGAAGUUUGGUUUGUGACGACCUCUUUUGGAAUUAUGUUCGUUCAUGCGUGGUUGUUUCCGCGGCGUCGAAUUAUCUUUACAAUACAUGGCACCACCCAAUGGAUCGCCUUGUGCUAUUGGGUGACCAAAAAUGGUGACGAAAAAUAAAGAAAACAGUACAGUAACAGAGAAAUUGCAAGAGAACAACCCGAGAAAGAAAUACAAAGAGAAAAGUCGCAACUAGUGGGUAUCAAGAACAACAACAAUAUGCAUCGCAACACUGACAUUACAUUGUCUUGUAUUAGACAGAACAGCUUGAUUUUAGAAGAACGCUUUUGUAGCAGCAGGGGCUACGAAGAAAAGGAACGCACAUUUAGGUACGAGUCGUCUCAUCUCGAAAUAUGACGAAAUGCGCUUCACAACAUGUACAAACUUUUUUUUCCAAAAUGUCCACUACACCCCAUGGCGGUCAAGAAAGGAAAA